UAGGUUGGCGUAGUUCCAAGUGGUGGCGGGGUAGAAUCAGCUGCUGUAGAUGAACUGACCGCUGCUGUCGCUGAAGGGACCGGUGACGGAGGCAUUGAAAAGAAGUUGUCUGGUGACAAUACCAGCCGAGAGUCACAAGAAACUGCUGCUACCGCUGAAGACGAUGAUGCUGCCGCUAUAGGAAUGGCUGCUGGCACCACUGAAAACCGGCCGUCUGGUGAUACUGUCAGCCAAGAGAUAUCUGAAGAUAUUGGAGCUGAUAAAUCUGUAGAAGCAGCGUUCGAUGACCGUGAGUGUGGGAAGUCAUUUGGCAGUACAGCAGAUAAGUCACCGGACGAUGACCCUUCUGCCAAAGUCUCUGACCAGAUUGCAUGCGGUAUCAUGGAUCCAUCUACCGCUAUUGUGAAGGACAUUGUGCGUGACGAACCCAUUGAAAUUAAUCCUAACACCGUUGUUGUAAGUUUCCGAUUUUUAUCUUAUAACUCAUCUGUUUGCUCACUUUGUAAUGCUUACUUUUCUUUAGAUGUUUUAUUGUUUAUUUUUUCUUUCUCUCAGAUAAUAGAUCAGACAGCCGUUAUCCUCACCCUUAGCUGA